AUGCAAUCCGAACUGAUAAAAGAUAUUGUUCCUACACCAUCUCCACGUUGUCUCUCAUAUUCGUCUCUUCAUUUACCAACAAAGUUCACAUCCGACAUCGUUACAUUCAACGUUGGUGGAAAAAUCUAUUGUACAACUCGUUCAACAAUUAAUCAUUUUCCACGCUCAGUAUUAGCAUCAAUGAUCUCUGAUAGCAACAAUCUACAAUCAAAAUGUGACGAAGCGGGACAUUAUUUUAUUGACCGUUCAAUAUUUCGUUAUAUUUUGAAUUAUUUACGUGAUAAAACAUUAAAUUUACCUGAUAAUUUCAAUGAAUUUAAACAAUUAAAAUAUGAAGCUGAUUUCUAUCAAAUUGACUCAUUAAUUACAGAAAUUGAAAAUCGUACUAAUGCGAUAAAUGAACAACAAAAACAAAACUUAGAUGGUCUCUAUUUUACACUAAUCUCUAAAUUAAAUCAAGAUAAAAUUUUGACGAUUAUUGGCCCCAUUAAAGUUUUACGACUUUUUCGUUUAGAACAAAUAGCUAGAAAAUUUGUUAAAACUCUCAAUCCUUCCAUAUCUUGUCAAUGUAAUUUUCCAAAUAAAGAUAAAAUAAUAUCGUGUCAACCGUGGAAUGAAUUUCAACGACAAUUAUUAGCAAAACAGGCACGAAAAUUUGGUCUACCAACCGGGUAUUGGGACGACUAUUUUUAUUUACCAUUUGAAAAAAUAACAAGUCACGAUGAGUUCGUAACAAUAUUAAAUAAAUAUGAAGCAAAAUUGUUACAUACAAAUGUCACAUACGAACGAAAAAAUGAUGAUGAGAUUACUUAUGCGCUAGUGGAAAAUUGGUUUGUACCAAAUAUAGCUGUGACACAGUAUGAACAAUAA